GCAAGGCCGCGAGAGCUUUGCGUAAGGUAAACUUCAGCGAGCAGCAUCCGUCCCACCGACCGCAAUGCCGGAGGACAAGGAGUACGCGCCCGUGCCGCUCGGCCAGGCGGCGGCCGAGGCGGCAGCGCCUGACUCCGAGGACCCUGCCAAGUCGCCGCCGCGACCCAGCUCGCCCGGCACGUCCACUCGCAAGGCAUUCUUUGCUGUUCUUCAAAGCUGGGUGUCAAGAAAAUUUAUGACUGGAUGUGUAGUUCUUUUGCCAAUUGCUGUCACAUUCUUCAUCACUUGGUGGUUUAUCCAAUUUGUUGAUGGUUUUUUCAGCCCACUCUAUGCAAAACUGGGGUUUGACAUAUUCGGCCUUGGGUUCUUGACCUCCCUGGUGUUUAUACUUCUUGUUGGAAUCUUUGUGUCUUCUUGGGUGGGUUCAACGGUCUUCUGGGUUGGAGAAUGGUUUAUAAAGAAAAUGCCCUUUGUAAGGCACAUAUACUCUGCAUCAAAGCAAGUUAGCACUGCUGUUUCACCAGAUCAAAAUACAACAGCAUUCAAAGAAGUAGCAAUCAUUAGUCAUCCCCGUGUUGGUGAAUAUGCAUUUGGAUUCAUAACAUCAACCAUGGUUCUUCAGACAGACAAAGGUGAUGAAGAAUUGUGUAGUGUUUAUGUGCCAACCAAUCAUUUAUAUAUUGGUGACAUCUUUUUGGUAAACUCCGCCGAAAUUAUAAGGCCCAAUUUGUCUAUUCGUGAAGGCAUAGAAAUAAUUGUUUCAGGAGGAAUGACUAUGCCGCAGGUGAUCAUGUCACUGGAACCAACACCUCGGAAGAGCCAGAACGUCCGUUUGGACAGAGUGAGGACAGUAUGACUGUAUGAGGCAUGCAUGAAAGUGAUGGGUGUUUCAGGAUGGCUUGUUGGUUAUGGAUUCAAAGCUGGGGCAUGGAGCUUGAGACAAUCAAUUUGUAGAUUGCAUUCAGAACUUGCGCAUUAUUGGCAGAUACAUGACAACCUCACACUAACUUGCGUUGCUAUCAGUUGGUGACACGAAAAUUGCAGCUCCACUUACAAUUACAAGCACGACAUGCACUUUUAACUGAUCUCCAGCUGCGUGCUAGGUCGUGUUUGCUGAACGUGAUUCAAUGCUGCAUGUGCAUCUACCAGUGGUACUUGUGUAUAUGAUUUUUUUUUUAUACUACGGUUGUCAGCGUGCUCGGGGAAGGCUAUAGUCCUGGAGUCUGCCAAGACGCAUGGAAGAACUGUGAUGAAAACCAACCUGUUCUUGGGGCCUUAUGCCUCAAGGACCUCCCUUGGCUUUUACAAACACAAGUGUCCACCCCACCAUUUAGAACAAGUAUAAUAUGGCUGGGCUUUAAACAGCUCCAUGUCACCAAAAUCCUAGAUGGUAGGAUGAGAACAUCUCGAGAACAUUCGAGAGCAAAGAAAGUAGGUGCUUCAUGAAGAACUUGGCUUUGGCGCAUUAUACGAGGAGAAAGAGUGUGAUUGC